CGUUUUUCUUGACUGAAGGGACUUUUCCUCACCUGUAAUGCCACAGCUGAUACAGCUUCCAAUGGCUAUGAUUCGUACAAAGCGGAAGAUGGUGGGUCAGGAAGACAUUCCGGAUCACUCAUAACCUCAACGGCUCUUGUAUCUCACGGUCUUUGAUACUGUCUGUACAAUCCAGCAAGAAUUCAUACCCUUGCGCACACUUGUUUACCGGAUACCGCUACGCUCUGUAUUGCGAAUUGAAGCCUACGGACUUGGUCCGGAUAUAACAUUGUCAAACAUUGUACACCUCGUUUCCUAUCUUCACCCACCAAUCUUUAUAUAUAUACUCCCAACCCCAGGUGCUGGAUAUAAAACCAGCUACAUCUUGCCAUAAACUGCAACCAGGUCCACUGAUACACACUACACCGGGGAAUAAGUGACGCAAGAAAUUGUUUAUAGUGGUCGCAUCCGUUGUUGGCGUAAUAUAAUAUCCGAAUCUCUUCAUCUAGCUUCUGCGACAGCUGGACAGCUGUUACAGCUACAACUUCUGGCUUCCCCAUCUUACAAUCAUCAAUAUUUCUGACAAGUUGUCAACCUCGGCAUCUCGACUUGUGUUCUGAUAAAUGUUGCCUCCUGCUUGACUUUACCCAAACGGUCAAGCCGCCCCAGCGUCUAGAUCUAUAGCUGCAUAGGCGAACCCGAAACACACUAUUGGAUCAACGACCCCGGACGCAGAGAACAGGAACAGACGAGGCCAUUCGCCCCAGUGUCCAGAUUUAGUCGGAACAUCUCCCUCCCCUCCCCUGCUACUUACCGAAACGUUAAACCCGGCCGUGCCAUUCAGCUUCUACUAGUGAAUUGAGCCUCGAAAUCGACUUAUUCUAUUAUCGAUCGGUGGUUAACUGCCAUUCCUCGGUGAGGUCAGCUCGGCUGUACUGGAGUACUCAGGCACUGAGCUGUGCUGCACUACAUUGCACCACCGGAUUGGUUUCUCCGUUGAGCGCCUGCCUGAUUUUCCAUUCGCCCUGCCAACAACAGAGAGCUACACCUUUGCUCUAACACGACCAUCUCUUUAUUCCCCAUUCCCUUCAUCGUGUUUCUGAUACAAGUUCUUCUUUCAUCUUCCCUCGAACGGUUUCCUUUCCUAGCCACUGUUGGUCUUUUAUAUUCUGGAACAUCUACACCCCCAUCUCAACCAAUCCGGCUAAGCACCCCCUCCCUGUGCCCGCUCCAGAGCUCCCGAUCUCCAGAGCUGCACGCUCAAUUCCCAUCGAGCAAGCUCCUUAACCUCGACUUUGCCUCGAGCGGCUCAACAGUUUGGCGCUUCCCUGACAGCCAGUGACACUCAGCCCAGCCACACCAGCCUAGCCGUGCCGCUGUAACCCCAGGUCCCACGUUCAGCACAGUCUCAACGGUCUUGCAGGGUCAAGAUGGACGGACCAAGCCAGGACUUUAGCGACCAAGCCCUAGGCUUUCAAAACAACUUUCCCCUGACAAACGACGAUGCCAAUAUUGAUCCCUUACUCGACUGCACAACGGGAGCUCAGGCGUCCCCGAUUGUUAGCAAUCCCAUCAACAACGAGCUUCUUAUGGGCUCCAACAUGUGGAACCCGAUGAACAACCCCGUCAACUUCUUUCCUCCCUCCAUCCCAAUGGCACCAUCAGCUUUGAACAACAGUCCAAAACUACCCAACGAAAUGCAUUCAACCCCAGAGACUCCAUUCAGUGAGCCCACGUCUGGCGGCCCAACACGGCAAUCGAGCAAAUCAUCAAUCCCUUCAAUAGAUUCAGCCAACACCGACACCAAACCUCGACGCAGCAGCAGAGCUACCAAGACAAAACGUCAACAGACAUCAGCGGAAAAGGAACCUGCCGCCAAGCCGCGCCAAAAAAGAGCACCCAAGGAGCCAUCGCUGAAGGAGGAAGAUGAGGACGAAUAUGAUGGACUGGACGAGACGGAAAAACGCAGCAAGUUCCUCAAACGCAACAGGAUCGCGGCGUCCAAGUGUCGUCAAAAGAAGAAGGAGUGGAUGAGAGAAUUGGAGGAAACCAAGAAUGAAUUGGAGGGCGAGAACACUGCCCUACAGACCCAGUACACCGAGCUCAUGGGCGAGUUGACCACCAUCAAGAAUCAACUCAUGGAUCACGCAUCUUGCAAUGAUGUCAACAUCAACCAAUGGCUUGACAACGAGGCAAAGAGAUAUGUCCAGCGUAUUGCAGCACAGUCCGCGCAGAACGGACAGGCUCCUCCAGCGCCGCCACAAAAUGUACCUGGAGAAUUUUACAACACGCAUCGUCGUAGCUCAAGUGUCGCCACCUCUACACAGCGAUCGAUAGAAUCAAAGACCAUCUACGCCGACAACCUCAUUGAUGCGAGAAACUGAGUGAAAAUUGAUGUGGCGGACAGCUGCACCGACGGAGAUGGUGGUUUGAGUUUAGGAGUCGAACUAUUUUGACCCCAACUCCACAUGAACACAACAGCCUUGCUAUUGCGACUUUGAAAUUCCUUCGACUCGACAACGGAUGAUAUGGACAUGCCGAAGCUUGAGUCAAAGCUAGAUGAAAGUCCUCAGAGCUGCGACAAACACGAACACGAAAAGAAAAAAAGCGAGCGAGAUGGUUCAGCUGGGAGAUACCCUGACAAAAUCUGGUUACGGUGCGGCAACAGUACCACGAGUGGCCGUUCCCAUAACAGGAAGAGGUGAUAUGGCGCAUAACUACUGAAAGGAGUUUGGCAAAAGGGGUACGGCAAGGAAAUAUUUUAUGACUUGAUGCUUUCACGAUCAUGAUCCGAUUUGUGCAGAUGGGAUGUGCGAUUGCUAAAUGGGCUGCCGAGUAUGAAGUUCUCGUGAUAACUGGUUUGAUUCUUGGCCCUUGGCCAGUAAUUUGGUGCCUAUGGAAAGGGAUCUAUAGGAGAGGCUUCCUGUUACUAUGACAGGAUGUCUCGAGUGCUUUCAAGGAGGGAGAUAAUGAAUCCCAUGGCGAGGGGGGCAGGGAAGGUAAUGCAAGAAAAAGAUUCAAACCUGAAGAAGGAAACGAUAGCCGCAGGUGACAAACCGUCCUGAGCAAAUGGUCCGAAGGGGCUCUGCAGCUUGUGACGAGGAGACUUGCGAUCGAAAUGACUACUGGCCAUCGAAUUGCCAGGGACUUUUGCCGACAUGGAAAGAUCUGGACUCAUCAAGGACACGAGAUGUUAAAGGACAAAGGUUGGGGAUACGGGGUUGUCAAAGGUAAAGUUUAGUGGCAAUAUCGAGCUUUGCCACAGGUUGAACCCCUUGAUGACCCUGAGCUUGAACAUAUGUAGAAGUUGAUCAUCGUGACUCCGCAUUUCAUGCCAAUUAGAGCCAUUUGCGAUGUCGUCGAGAUCGUGGCGAGUGUUGCCACCGAAGAAACGUCUAACUAUAGUUGAGGCUUAUGAUUGGUGGUGAUACGUUGAAACGAGAUGGCGGUUACUGGUAGGAAAUAAUGCGGCUAAAGCCAAUCACGGGAACAACGAUAAUUCAAGGCGCUGGUUAAACCACCUGGUGAUGAUUGAGUAGAACCGAGUUGCACCAAUGUAUUUCUUUUGGUCUUCUCCCAUCUUCUAAAUGUACAGUAAUAUGAUACACGCUCGUCCAUAGCUCUACCUCCUCUUGAUCCAUCCCCUCGAGUUAGAGAUACCCCUGAUGUUCUUGGUGUACUUCCAAAGGUGACGGUACUUGGGUCCUUGUCGCUUGGCUUCCCAUCCGCGAGGCUUGACAGGAGGCUUCAGGCUGUACACACGCGUAGGCCUGAACUCGACAUCUGAGCCGGGGAUGUUGUGUCGCGCCAUGACCGCCGCGGUGUUUUCAUCCCAGACGCUACGGAACAUGUUGAACCCAAAGGGCGUUGUGCUGAACUUGUCGCGGAAGGACUUGAGCGAGAAUCCAUCGCGCUGGCUGUAUAGUUCCUUGAGCUUGGCAACGUCGAUCUUCUUGCCGGGUUGCUGCUCGAGGAGGUAGAUACCGAGACGGUGGUACGGGGCGCCCUUUUGGGAGAAUGCGGGGAGCCACGGUAGAGCAAGCUGAUCCUCGCCCUUUAUCCUGCUCAGCGGUAGUGAUGUCUCUGUAGGGCUGAUGGGGAUGUUGGCGGCGAGGAAGUGGCAGCGCUUGUUGAAGGUAUCGGAGUCUGGGUUGGGAACAUCAGAGUCGAGGACGACUACGGAGACGAGUCGCUCGCCCUUGUCAAAGACUUGGACUCGAAGACGGGGUGCGUUCUCGCUGACGACACUGUCGACGAUCUGGCCGGGAGGAAUCUUGAGCUUGCGGAAGUAUAGCUGGACGUCGGCGGUGGGUUCGAGCUUGGGGAGGACGUCGGGGACGAUGUUGAACUGCUUGAUACGUUGGGUGAUGAGACGUUGGUCGUAGGAGCGCCACUUGGCCUCGGCGUAGUGACGGUAAAUAGGCUUGUUCAUGUCGCCUGGAUGUGUUAGUC